AUGAACUUCGAUUUACCCGAUUCACUUCAACUAGCCAUUGAUACUGUCUCGGGCCGUGACCACGGGUGCAGCCUAGAGAAUUUGCCGGUAUUUAGGGCACGAGAGGAUCACACUGCGUCUCGGAACGACCCCAAGUCAUUAGGCUCAAGAGGUAGGCGGCAGACAGACCGCGAGACUAAAAGCAAAUUUUACACGAUGCCUCCACUUGCUGCCUAUUCCGCAUUCUCAGAACACCCAUUCUACCAUGUACAUAAAGCAACAGGCUCUAAAUUUGACCCCUUCGAAAUGCGGCUCGAGCUGAGCGAGAAACAGCAGGAGAGUAUCCGCAUGUUAGGCUGGGACUCUAUCAGGCCAGUAGGCAUCGGGUUCACUAUGAAAGAACGCAAAGACCUCGCGAAGCUAGAGGCCAAGGAGCAGGAGAGGCAACAACAGCAGGGCUCGCAUGGUGUUCGUGAUCUGCUCAGCACAGACCGCCCACAGGAGAAUGUGAAUACCCCGCAGCAGACCACACUGCCGCAUGAAGCAGUGAUACGAAGCCUUACACCGCCUGACAUGGACAUUAAUCUGGAUCAAGAUAUUCAUGAGGACGAGACCUCAUAUGAUUACGACGAUGAAUUUGCAAGAAUAGAACCGGACGACGACGUAGCGGAGCCGCAUAACGCGCGAGAUGACAAUUAUGAAAGGGCCGAGCGCACUGUUCAGCAGUUCAUUGAAACAUCACACAUCGAGGGCGUGAGUCAUCCGUACGAUAUGGAGAACAACUAUCAGCACAGCUACAACUAUAGCGAUAACGAGGACUCCGGGAGCUUAGCACUGCCCCCUGUGACUAUCCCAGAUAUCGAAGCUUAUGACGUUGGCAUUAACGGGCCUGAAAUAGCAGACAUUAACAGUGGUGGGGCCAGUCCGCCUCUCCCCCGGCAACGACGUCAAAGACUAAGAUCGCCGUUUGAUGUCGACGACCUGGGCUGUGACUAA